UUGGCACCGACAUCUCACACAUGAAGAGUGGAUUUAGCUAAAGAGAAGAAGAAGAAAGAGAAGAAGAAGAAGAAUUAGAAGAAGAAGAAGAAAAGAGAGUGUUUUGUUUUUGUCACACACCUCCUCGGAGUGUGAGUCUCCGCUCCUCCUCCUCCUCACACGGAUUCUUGCAGGUGGAGGAAAUGACAAGCGAGACGCCGGUGACAGCAGCGACGAUGCCGGGCUCGCUGUCGCUCUCGCUCUCGCACCGACAACCGGCUCCAGGUCACCGGCAGCACGGAGCUCCUGUCCCCGCAGAGACGGACACGAUGAUGAUGACGGUGAUGCCCGGCGCUGCUCCGCUGCUGCUCCCGCCUGGGAUUAUCAAUCCGUCGCUGCCAAUCCGGAAUAUCAGGAUGAAAUUUGCGGUUCUCGCCGGACUCAUUCAGGUCGGAGAGGUGAGCAACCGGGAUAUUGUUGAGACGGUGCUGAAUUUGUUGGUCGGGGGUGAGUUCGACAUGGAGACAAACUUCAUUAUCCAAGAGGCAGAGAGCAUCGGCUGCAUGGUGGAGCUGCUGGAGCACUGCAACGUCACGUGUCAGGCAGAAAUCUGGAGCAUGGUCACGGCCAUCCUUCGUAAAAGUUUUCGGAACCUGCAGACCAGCACCGAGGUGGGCCUCAUCGAGCAGGUGCUGCUCAGGAUGAGCUCCGUGGAAGACAUGAUUGCAGACUUGCUGGUGGACAUGGUGGGAGUUUUAUCCAGUUACAGCAUCACGGUUAAAGAGCUGAAGCUGCUCUUCAGCAUGCUGCGAGGGGAAGGAGGCGUCUGGCCGAGGCAUGCUGUCAAAAUGUUGUCAGUGCUGAAUCAGAUGCCCCAGAGACACGGUCCAGAUGCUUUCUUCAACUUCCCUGGUCGCAGUGCUGCAGCCAUCGCUUUACCUCCAAUCGCCAAGUGGCCUUAUCAGAGCGGGUUUACGUUAAACACCUGGUUCAGAAUGGAUCCGCUGAAUAACAUCAACGUGGACAAAGACAAACCCUAUCUCUACUGCUUUCGGACAAGCAAAGGCAUCGGCUACUCGUCACAUUUCGUCGGAAACUGCUUGAUCGUGACGUCGCUCAAGUCCAAAGGGAAAGGUUUCCAGCACUGUGUCAAGUACGACUUUCAGCCGAGGAAGUGGUACAUGAUCAGCAUCGUUCACAUCUACAGCCGCUGGAGGAACAGCGAAAUCAGAUGCUACGUCAACGGACAGCUCGUCUCGUACGGAGACAUGGCGUGGCACGUCAACACGAACGACAGUUAUGAUAAGUGCUUCCUCGGGUCCUCGGAGACGGCGGACGCUAACAGAGUGUUCUGCGGACAGCUGGGAGCCGUCUACAUCUUCAGCGAAGCCCUCAAUCCCGCGCAGAUAUUUGCAAUUCAUCAGCUCGGACCAGGCUACAAGAGCACGUUUAAGUUCAAGUCGGAGAGCGACAUCCAUUUGGCCGAGCAUCACAAGCUCGUGUUGUACGACGGCAAGUUGGCUGGCUCCAUCGCCUUCGCCUACAACGCCAAGGCCACGGACGCUCAGCUCUGCCUGGAGUCUUCGCCCAAAGAAAACGCCUCCAUCUUCGUGCACUCGCCGCACGCCCUCAUGCUGCAGGACGUGAAAGCCACGGUGACCUGCUCCAUCCACAGUGCCAUUCACUCCAUCGGAGGGAUCCAGGUUCUCUUCCCGCUCUUUGCCCAGCUGGACUUUCAUCAGCUGAACGACAGCCCGCUGGAAAACACAGUCUGUGCCACUCUCCUGGUGUUUCUACUGGAGCUGCUCAAGAGCUCCGUGGCCAUGCAGGAGCAGAUGCUGGGAGGAAAGGGCUUCUUGGUGAUUGGGUACCUGCUGGAAAAGUCGUCGCGCGCACACAUCUCCAGGUCCGUGCUGGAGCAGUUCCUGUCUUUUGCGAAGUAUCUGGACGGCCUGACACACGGCGCGCCCCUGCUGAAGCAGCUGUGCGACCAUGUCCUGUUCAACGCGGCCAUCUGGAUCCACACUCCUGCCAAGAUUCAGCUCUCUCUCUACACGUACCUGUCCGCUGAAUUCAUCGGCACGGCAACCAUCUAUAACGCCAUUCGCCGUGUGGGCACAGUGCUUCAGCUCAUGCAUUCACUCAAAUACUACUACUGGGCUGUAAACCCUGCAGACGGCAGUGGAAUCACGCCAAAGGGUCUGGAUGGUCCAAGGCCGACCCAGAAAGAAAUAAUUUCUCUGCGGGCGUUUAUGCUUCUCUUCCUCAAGCAGCUCAUCCUGAAGGACCAGGGUGUGAGGGAGGACGAGCUGCAGAGCAUCCUCAACUAUCUUCUAACGAUGCAGGAGGAUGAGAAUCUUCACGACGUCUUACAGCUGGUGGUCGCCCUCAUGUCUGAACACCCCGCCUCCAUGAUCCCUGCUUUUGACCAGAGACAUGGAAUACGAGUCAUCUACAAACUCGUGGCCUCAAAAAGUGAAAGCAUCCGAGUUCAGUCCCUCAAAGUGCUCGGGUACUUCCUCAAGCAUUUGGGCCACAAGAGGAAGGUGGAGAUCAUGCACACACACAGUCUCUUCACUCUCCUGGGAGAGCGGCUCAUGCUUCACACCAACACCGUCACGUUAACAACCUACAACACUCUCUACGAGAUUCUGACAGAGCAGGUGUGCACGCAGGUGGUGCACAAACCUCACACCGACCCGGACUCGACGGUCAAGAUUCAGAACCCAAUGAUUCUCAAGGUGGCCGCAACCAUCUUGAAGAACUCUGCCCCCAGUGCUGAGCUCAUGGAGGUUCGGCGACUCUUCCUCUCAGACAUGAUCAAACUGUUCAGCAACAGCCGAGAGAACAGACGGUGUCUACUCCAGUGCUCGGUGUGGCAGGACUGGAUGUUCUCACUCGGCUACAUCAAUCCGAAAAACUCUGACGAGCAGAAGGUCACAGAGAUGGUGUACAACAUCUUUCGCAUUCUGCUCUACCACGCCGUCAAGUACGAGUGGGGAGGCUGGCGUGUGUGGGUGGACACGCUCUCGAUAGCCCACUCUAAGGUGACAUAUGAGGCCCAUAAAGAAUAUUUGGCAAAGAUGUACGAAGAAUACCAGCGGCAGGAGGAAGAGAACAUAAAGAAAGGGAAGAAGGGGUUAGUGAGCACCAUCUCUGGCCUGUCUGCUCAGGCGUCAGGCAUCAAGGGUGCCAUAGAAAUGGACGAUAACUCCCACACACCUGAGAGUGACACGGACUAUGAGAGCGCCGACUCGCGCAACCUGCUCGCUGAAGGGGAGGCUUCUGAAGAGAGUCUGAUUGAAACGGAGGGUGCGGUAGACGGUGUCAGGGUUGAAGUUCAUGAACUUCUGGUGGACAUUAAGGCCGAGAAGGUGGAGGCUACGGAGGUUAAACUUGAAGACAUGGACUUGUCCUCUGAAACGUUGGUAGUUUCAGAGAAUGGAUCGCUGUUGGGGGUGGAUUCUCUGUUGGAUAAUGUUUAUUGUGCUGCGGUGGAAAAGCUCAACAGCAAUGCCAACAGCGUGUUGUUGCCAAAAGGCAGCAUGGACGAGCAGACCGCACCCCCCCUCAUUACGUUAGACGAUGACAAGGACGAUAUCGGCAACAACUUCCUGUUUGACAAGGUGACCGGCAGCAUGGAGGACAAGCUCCUGCCUGAUCUGACUCCAGCUGAGCCUCUGGUCCUGCCGAGCUUAAACCCUUCUGUGCACACCAGUGCCAGUGAUGAGCUGGGCCUUCUCGCUCACAUGACAGGCAGCUCUGGGCUUGGCUCUUUACCCAGCAUCCUGGAGAAGGAUGAGUUUGAACUGCAGGCCUUGGAGGGCAUCAGCGCCGUGGCUGGCGCUGAGACGAAGGCUGCCUCCAAAAGCCCAGAGGUCAGCGAGGGCUCAGCGGCAGCUGCGUGUGAUGUGGACCCAGCGGCUGCUAAGACCAGUCGUGCAGCAGAUGCAGUGAACAACAGCUCUGACACGGAGAGAUCAGACGAUGGCAAAGACAAGGAGAUGAAGAAGAUUCAGACAACGGCCACCACACAGGGUCUUCACGGCCACGUCGCCGCUCAAACGGAGAGGGACAUCCACGUGGACCUGGGCUUCAGGGCGACGCCUAUGACCGAGGAACAGCGACGUCAGUUCAGUCCCGGCCCGCGGACCACCAUGUUCCGCAUCCCAGAGUUCAAAUGGUCGACGAUGCACCAGAGGCUCCUCACUGACCUGCUGUUUGCUCUGGAGAGUGACGUCCAUGUUUGGAGGAGCCACUCCACCAAAUCUGUCAUGGACUUUGUUAACAGUAAUGAAAACAUCAUAUUUGUGCACAACACCAUCCACCUCAUUUCACAAAUGGUCGACAACAUCAUUAUUGCCUGCGGCGGGAUCUUACCUCUGCUCUCUGCGGCCACCUCUCCCACUACUGAGUUGGACAAUAUCGAGGCGACGCAGGGGAUGUCCUCAGAGACCGCCAUCACGUUCCUGUCCCGUCUCAUGGUCCUGGUGGACGUGCUGGUCUUCUCCAGUUCCCUGAACUUCAGUGAGAUCGAGGCAGAGAAGAACAUGUCCUCCGGUGGCCUGAUGCGUCAGUGCCUCAGACUCGUGUGUUGUGUGGCCGUGAGGAAUUGUCUGGAAUGCCGGCACAGACACAGCACCGCCGCGGCAAUUAAAUCCGCGGUUCCCAACAACAACAUUAAGACUCAGGAAAUCCUGCUAAACGCCGUGGCUUCCACCAAGGACCCUGACCGCCUCCUGCAGGACGUGGACAUUAAUCGUCUGCGAGCUGUGGUGUUCCGUGACGUGGACGACAGUAAACAAGCCCAGUUCCUGGCUCUGGCUGUGGUCUACUUUAUCUCUGUGCUCAUGGUCUCCAAGUACCGCGACAUCCUGGAGCCCCAGCGUGAAACUGCCAGGAGCAGCCAAUCGCACAGCUACGUCAUGCGUCAGGAGAUUAACUCCCCGUCCGGCACAGAAAUUCCGUUGGCAUUUGACAGCAGUAGUGAUCGUAUCGGACCUUCUGACGACGUCCUCCAUGUGCAGAACACUUUUCCCCGCACAGACUCUGGGAUUGGAGAGGAGCACCUCGUCCGCAUCCAGAAUGGUUCUGAUCCCGAUCACGGCAGUAACGGGCCGGCAGACAGCGUGAGCGAGCAAAUAUCCACGUUGUCCUCCGAAGUUAAGAAGUCCCUGGAGAGUCAGUGCGACACGGCCAGUGCAGAGUUGCUGAAACCGCCUCCGUCCAUCACAAGCGUCAGCCAGCCCAGCAAAGGCAUCAGCGUGAAGGACAUCCUGAAGAGCCUGGUCGCGGCUCCAGUGGAAGGAAUGGAGACUGGACUGGAGGCUUUGUCCUACCCGGACCCUGCUACCAAAGCUCAUGUCCAGGCCAAGUUGCCUAUGCAGUUCCACUCCUUUGACAGGAGUGUGGUGGUGCCUGUGAAGAAAACCUCACCUGGCAGCUCAGCAGUUAACACCUUAAGCAGCAGUGGCACAUCUGCGGGUCAGCCGCCGGGCAGCGCCACCAACCUCUUUGCCGCUGCCGCCGUGACCCCUAAAAGCAUGAUCAACACCACAGGACCCGCUGAUGCAGCUCCGUCAAACUCCUCCUCCUCAUCGUCGUCCAGUUUUGUAAAUGGAGCCACCAGUAAAAACCUCCCUGCUGUGCAGCCAGUGGCCCCCAUGCCUGAGGACACAGUAGAGAACAUGAGCAUUACGACUAAGCUGGAGCGAGCCUUGGAGAAGGUGGCGCCGCUGCUGAGAGAGAUCUUUGUGGACUUUGCACCUUUUCUGUCACGAACGCUGCUGGGGAGCCACGGUCAGGAGUUGCUCAUCGAAGGUCUCGUGUGCAUGAAGUCCAGCACCUCAGUGGUGGAGCUCGUCAUGCUGCUUUGCUCUCAGGAGUGGCAGAACUCCAUCCAGAAGAACGCCGGUCUCGCUUUCAUCGAGCUCAUCAACGAAGGAAGGUUGCUCUGCCACGCCAUGAAGGACCACAUCGUCCGGGUCGCCAACGAGGCCGAAUUUAUCCUGAACAGACAGCGAGCGGAGGACGUCCACAAACAUGCAGAGUUCGAGUCCAACAGUGCUCAGUACACCGCCGACAGAAAGGAGGAGGAGAAGAUGUGCGACCACCUGCUCAAUGCCUCCAAGCACAGAGACCACGUGACGGCCAAUCAGCUCAAUCAGAAGAUCAUCAACAUCCUCACCAACAAGCAUGGCGCCUGGGGAACGGUGGCCCAGAGUCAGCAUCACGACUUCUGGCGUCUCGAUUACUGGGAGGACGACCUGCGGAGGAGGCGGAGAUUUGUCAGGAACCCGUUUGGCUCCACCCACUUAGACGCCGCGUGCAAAUCACUGCAGGAAUAUGGCUUGGAGGAGGAGAAGGACGAGGUAGUCAGGUCCAAGAAGGUCGUCCACAUCCAGAACGUGUCCAGUCAGAACCCUGAGACCGAACUGAUGCUGGAUGGGGACGAUGACUCUGUCAGCCUGCUGCAGGAGAAGGAGAUGGACAACGUUGGUGGCCCGGUGGUUCUGAGCAGCCCGGCUCAGCUCGUGGCCCCGGUCCUGGUGGCGCGCGGGACCCUGUCCAUCACAAGCUCUGAGAUCUACUUCGAGGUGGACGAGGAUGACCCCGCCUUCAAGAGGGUCGACCCCAAGGUCUUGGCCUACACUGAGGGCUUACAUGGGAAGUGGAUGUUCAGUGAGAUCCGAGCAGUCUUCUCCAGACGUUUCCUCCUUCAGAACACGGCCAUAGAGGUUUUCAUGGCCAACAGAACGUCAGUCAUGUUCAACUUCCCUGACCAGGCCACAGUCAAGAAAGUGGUCUACAGUCUUCCACGAGUGGGAGUGGGCACCAGCUAUGGACUCCCACAGGCCAGACGUAUUUCGUUGGCGACACCUCGACAGCUUUUCAAAUCCUCCAACAUGACUCAGCGCUGGCAGAGGAGAGAGAUCUCCAACUUUGAGUACCUCACAUUUCUCAACACGAUUGCAGGGAGGACAUACAAUGACCUGAACCAGUACCCCGUCUUUCCAUGGGUCCUCACCAACUAUGACUCUGAGGAGCUGGACCUGACCUUGCCGGGAAACUUCAGAGAUCUCUCCAAGCCUGUCGGCGCUCUGAAUCCGAAGCGCGCCGCGUUCUAUGCCGAGCGCUACGAGACGUGGGAGGACGACCAGACGCCGCCUUGCCAUUACAACUCCCACUACUCCACCGCUGCCUCCGCCCUGCACUGGCUUGUCAGAAUAGAGCCGUUCACCACAUUUUUCCUCAGUUCCAGUGACAACAAAUUUGACCAUCCCGAUCGCACCUUUUCAGGCAUCGCCCGCUCCUGGAGAAACUGUCAGAGGGACACGUCUGAUGUGAAGGAGCUGACCCCUGAGUUCUACUACCUCCCAGAGAUGUUCGUGAACAGCAGCAGCUACCACCUGGGGAUGAGGGACGACAGGACCAUGGUCUGUGACGUGGACUUACCAGCCUGGGCCCAGAAACCUGAAGACCUCGUCAGGAUCAACAGGAUGGCCCUGGAAAGCGAGUUUGUGUCGUGUCAGCUGCAUCAGUGGAUUGACCUUAUUUUCGGCUACAAGCAGCGAGGUCCAGAGGCGGUGCGCGCCCUCAACGUCUUCCACUACCUGACGUACGAGGGCUCGGUCAACCUGGACACUAUCACUGACCCUUCGCUCAGAGAGGCCACAGAGGCUCAGAUCCAGAGGUUUGGACAGACGCCAUCUCAGUUGCUUAUCGAGCCACAUCCUCCACGCAGCUCUGCCAUGCACCUGAGUCCUCUCAUGUUCAAGGACCAGAUGCAGCAGGACGUCAUCAUGGUGCUGAAGUUUCCCUUCAAUUCCCCGGUGACACACGUGGCCGCCAACACUCUGCCCCACCUCCUCGUACCCGCUGUGGUCACUAUCACCUGCAGUCGCCUCUUUGCCGUCAACAGGUGGCACAACACUGUUGGUCUCAGAGGAGCACCAGGUUAUUCUCUGGAACAGGCUCAUCAUUUACCAAUAGAGAUGGAUUCUCUGGUCGCCAACAGCAGUGGAAGCAACAAGCGUCAGAUCACAGACUUAGUGGACCAGAGCAUCCAAAUCACCACACACUGUUUUGUGGUGACAGCUGACAACCGCUACAUCCUGGUGUGCGGCUUCUGGGACAAGAGCUUUCGUGUGUACUCCUCCGAGACAGGUAAACUGACCCAGAUCGUUUUCGGACACUGGGACGUGGUGACGUGUUUGGCCCGGUCAGAGUCGUACAUCGGAGGAGACUGUUACAUCGUCUCCGGGUCCAGGGACGCGACGCUGCUGCUGUGGUACUGGAGUGGACGACACCAUAUCAUCGGUGACAACCCAAACAACGGUGACUAUCCAGCCCCACGAGCCGUCCUGACCGGUCACGACCAGGAGGUCGUGUGUGUGUCAGUGUGUGCAGAGUUGGGCCUGGUCAUCAGCGGAGCCAAAGAGGGUCCAUGUCUGGUCCACACCAUCACCGGGGACCUGCUGCGAGCUCUGGAGGGGCCCGAACUCUACCGGUGCCCUCGGCUCAUCACGGUGUCCAGCGAGGGCCACUGCAUCAUCUACUACGAGAGAGGCCGCUUCUGCAACUUCAGCAUCAACGGGAAACUGUUGGCACAGAUUGAGAUCAACGAUUCCACCAGGGCGAUUCUCCUCAGCAGCGACGGCCACAACCUGGUGACGGGCGGAGACAACGGCGUGGUGGAGGUGUGGCAGGCGUGCGACUUCAAACAGCUCUAUGUCUACCCGGGCUGCGACGCCGGCGUCCGAGCCAUGGAUCUAUCACACGAUCAAAGGACUUUGGUCACAGGAAUGGCCUCAGGCAGCAUUGUGGCUUUUAACAUUGAUUUCAACCGGUGGCACUUUGAGCAUCAAAACAGGUACUGAGGAGGAUACAGUCACGAAGAACAUCAGCCAACCAGGGACCUAACCAAGAGAGAAAAACUCACAGAGGACAACCAACAGAGGAGAACCAACACAGGCGAACUAAGAGAGGAGAACCAACAGAGGAAAACUUAACAGAAUAACUUACAGAGGAGAACCAACAGAGGAAAACUACAGAGGAGAACCAGUGGACCUGGUGUAGCUACUACAAAAUACAACAUUCUCACAUUUGUCUGUAUUUGUUCCCUUGUUGGUUGUUUGUGUCUUGACCUGAGAAACCAGCUGAUGUUUUAUUAUCCCACCAACUUUUGCCAAAACAGCUUCUGUGGUUCAGGGUUAAAAGUGACACUGAAAUCAACUUAAUUCAACAAUAAUUAUUAUAAUAACAAUAAUAUUAAUAAUCAUAAUAAUAAUAAUAAUAAUAAUAAAGUUCCUGUUUCAAAUUGUGAUGAACAAACAUGUUUAAAAAAACAUUUAUACAACAUUUGUAUGACAGCUACAUAUCUCACUUGGAACAGUUUUAUAGAGUAUUUAAGUGUAAAUAUGAACACUGUAAAGGAUCUGUUUAGAGGAGCCGCCAUUUUGUCCACAUGUCAGUCAUGUGACCCCCACCCCCCCAUGUUCAAAAUAGCCGCCUUGCUCUCGGGCUCUGCGUUGGUUAGUGAUUCAUGUUUAUGGCCAUUUUGUCCGAUCAUUCCUCUGUGAUUCAGUGGUUAAAUGUGUGUUAAUGUGAAAAAAACGGCGUUGGUUUGUUCAUUUUGUCGUUUAAAUUAUAGAAAAAAAGUCGUCAAGUCUGUGAAUUAUUUGUUUGAUAAAUUAUUGUUCUGAGGGGAAAUCUUUUUUUUUUUAAUGUUGUUGUUGAACGUUGUCGACAAAGAAUCGAAGCUACUGUUCACGUAUUUGUCUUUAAAACAGAAAAUAGCACUAGCUUUGUUUACAUGGACACAAGUAAUCGGAAUAAAAAAAUAUAUCACGUAAACGUGCCACUUUGAAAACUCUGAUCCGAUACAGCACAUUCGGAAUUAAACAUCGUAAUGCUGGUUAUGUGUUUCACUGUGGCCUACUUUACGCCUGGCAGUAAUGCAUUUUCUGUGAUCGGAUUACGAUCUCAGAAAAUGUAGUAAAUCUGAAAUUGAAAAAAAUCAGAAUUGUGACUUAAUUCUCAGAAUUCUAAGAAAAAAAAAGUUGCCUGAUUGCGUGAGUGUAAAUAUGCCAGAGGACGGAUUGUUGUCCCAUCUGCUAAACCACUUUGAGAGGUGGUCAGUGGGGGUGAAAAUACGUGGGCCGGAUAUUUGUAAAUGUGGGUGUGUACGUGAAAGGUAAUUACAAAUAGUUUCUUAAUUGACAAAAGUUUGAACAGAUUUUUGUUAUAUUAACAAAAAUAAGGCAUAAUUCUGUGAUUAAAUUUAGAAUUCAGAGAAAAAAAAAUCAUAAUUUGGGGAAAAAAACGAGGAAAUCUUCACUCUCAAAAGACAAGAAAAGUCUAAAAUGUCAAUAUUUAACCUGGUAGUAGUAGCCUGGUGUAUUUAGUGACAGCCUUGCUGAAAGCCGGUGAUCAUGAGCCCAAUCACUGCGCUCUGCUCGCGCAGGAAGCACUGAACGAUUCGGUACGUUCAGAAACCAAGUAGCGUCGAGUCAUGCUCAAACUAUAUAGUGGAAAAGCACCAAUAGUGUGUGAUUAGCUCGGAAGAAGUGUCUUUUGUUUAGGAGAGGCUGCGUUAGGCACGAGUGAGUCAAGCUACCAAUGAAUUCAAGAAGAGUAGCUAGCUAACUAGCGGGUAAACCACUCUGUUUUGUUUUCUCUGGUUGACGCCGCAGCCUCAGGGUUAGCUAUUAGCUGUUAGCUGCAGCAGCAAGGAAACAAAUCCCCCAUCUUUGUUAUUCCACACCGCAACGCCCACAAUAUGACAUAAAUCCCAUCCCAAACAAGAGGGCUGGUCUGUCUCUUUUUUCAGAAUCGACGUCUUGUGUCCGCGUAAACGUAAGCUACCGUCACUCACGCGGUUCCCGUUUUUCUUUUUUUUUCCCAGCUCGACUACUUUUGCACAAACUGUUUAAAAGUCAUGAACCUGCAGUGACACCACGUAUUGUUAAAGCAAUAUUCACAAAGUUCUCCGCUGCGACCACAGCCGAUGUUUUUAAAAGCAACGUGAAAGCGACUGCGCCUGCCUUUAAUUGCUGUCACGAGCAGUCGCGAGCCGACGGUUUAAACACAAACAAAAAUAUGCAAGUUAUCUUUGUGUUUGCAUUGUGAUUUCUUCUUUUUCUUUUGUUUUCUGGCGGUGCCGAGAGUCACCGCCCGACCUGAAGCUGACGUCGUUGCAUGAAAAAUACGGAAGUCUUUGGGUUUGUGUUCUGUUCAUGUUGUCAACAUCUCUUUGACGAAAAGUAAAUAAAUAAAUGAAUAAAACUUGUUAAUAUGUAAAAACUCGGUGGAUUCUGAUGUGGAUUCAGCAAUACUCCAGUGUCAGGAGUAUUUUUGUACUCAUUUAUUAGUCAAAACUGCGUAUCAA